AUGACCCGUCUUCGACUUCUCUUGCUCAAAAACAAAACCACGCCGCACGACCCCUAUAAGGAAAUAUUCACCUCUGCUGGUCAUGACCCGGAGUUCAUACCUCUUCUCAACCAUGCGCCAACAGACAUAGAUGCAACGGUAGACUACCUCACUUCUCUGGAAUUUCUUGAUAAUACCCAAAAAUUCAUUAUAACUUCUCAAAGAGCCGUAGAGGUGCUCCACGAAUGCCUUGACAUCAUCGCUGCUAAUGACCCUUCUCAUGCCUCCAUCAUCAGGCGCAAGUGCGGCUAUACAGUGGGCCCUGCCACCGAGCAAAUACUACUGGAUAAAGGUUUUUUAGAUGUGAGGGGCGGAUGCGAGUCUGGAAAUGGCUCUAAACUUGCCGAUUUGAUUCUAGGAGAGAAAGCCACAGUGCAGGUUGAGAAGGACGAUGAGCAGAGCAUUGUGUUCUUCACCGGCACAAUUCGAAAGGACAUCAUCCCAGUGAAAUUGAAGCAAAACGGGGUCAAAGUUCAGGAGGUUGUGAUCUAUAAAACCGAACCCAAGGACUCCAUAGUGGACAACUUUCUUGAGUGUUGCGAGAAAGACGUAGACUGGGUCGUGUUUUUUAGUCCACAAGGCACAGAGGAUAUCGUGAGCCACAUGGCAGGCGUGUUGCCUCAAAAUGUUCGUGUAGCCAGUAUUGGGCCGACCACAGAGGAAUAUCUUCUCAUGAAAGGGAUCACUCCACACGUUGUGGCGCCUCUGCCCACUGCCCCUGCAUUAUACGAUAGCAUCACCUCCUGGGAGUUGAAUAAUAGACAUUCAUAG